GAAAGUUACCUGUGGCCGACCAAGUCCGCCACUUUCUGCUCUGUGACUGCCCAUUGCCACGAUCCAGGAGGACUCCGCGCCGCCGGGCCACCUCCGAGCUCGGGCCCCAUGUGAGGGGCCCCUCCUUAUCCCACCUUUCCGGCUAGGUGAGGGCGCGAGCGGGCGAGCGAGCGAGAGUGGUGAGGGGGGACGGAAAAGCAGAAUUACCUGUAGCUCUUGUUCUGCCAUCUCGGGCGCUCUCACACACCUUCACCUGCACAGACUUGAAAGUCCAGUUUCACCAGAGGCUGAGGCUCCAGGAAAAGGGGAGCGAGUUCAUUGGAUCAAACAUGUCACAAGAGUCGGACAAUAAUAAGCGACUGGUGGCCGUAGUGCCCAUGCCCAGUGACCCUCCGUUCAACACCCGAAGAGCCUACACGAGUGAGGAUGAAGCCUGGAAGUCAUAUUUGGAGAAUCCCCUGACGGCAGCCACCAAGGCGAUGAUGAGCAUUAAUGGUGAUGAGGACAGCGCUGCUGCCCUGGGCCUGCUGUAUGACUACUACAAGGUUCCUCGAGACAAGAGACUGCUGUCUAUGAGCAAGGCAAGUGACAGCCAAGAAGAUCAGGACAAAAGAAACUGUCUCGGCACCAGUGAAGCCCAGAGUAAUUCGAGUGGAGGAGAAAACCGAGUGCAGGUCCUAAAGACGGCUCCGGUGAACCUGUCCCUCAACCAAGAGCACCUGGAGAAUUCCAAGCGGGACCAGUACAGCACGCCCGUCCCCGAGAGCCCCGCCGUCGUCCCGGUGUCGGGAAUCACGGUGGUGAAAGCUGAGGAUUUCACACCGGUUUUCAUGGCUCCGCCCGUGCACUACCCCCGCGCAGACGGCGAGGAGCAGCGAGUGGUCAUCUUCGAACAGACCCAGUACGGCGUGCCCGCCAUGGCCGGCCACGGCACCUACCUCAAGGACGACCAGCGCAGCACCCCGGACAGCACCUACAGCGAGAGCUUCAAAGACGGGGCCACGGAGAAAUUUCGGAGUGCUUCAGUUGGGGCCGAGGAAUACAUGUAUGACCAGACAUCAAGUGGCACGUUUCAGUACACCCUGGAAGCCACCAAAUCUCUCCGUCAGAAGCAGGGGGAGGGCCCCAUGACCUACCUCAACAAGGGACAGUUCUAUGCCAUAACGCUCAGUGAGACUGGAGACAACAAAUGCUUCCGACACCCGAUCAGCAAAGUCAGGAGCGUGGUCAUGGUGGUCUUCAGUGAAGACAAAAACCGAGACGAGCAGCUGAAAUACUGGAAGUACUGGCACUCCAGGCAGCAUACGGCGAAGCAGAGGGUCCUCGACAUCGCAGAUUACAAGGAGAGCUUUAAUACGAUCGGAAACAUUGAAGAGAUUGCGUAUAAUGCCGUUUCCUUCACCUGGGACGUGAAUGAGGAGGCAAAGAUCUUCAUCACUGUGAAUUGCCUGAGUACAGAUUUCUCCUCCCAAAAAGGGGUGAAAGGACUUCCUUUGAUGAUUCAGAUUGACACGUACAGUUAUAAUAAUCGUAGUAAUAAACCCAUUCAUAGAGCUUAUUGCCAGAUCAAAGUCUUCUGCGAUAAAGGAGCAGAAAGAAAAAUCCGAGAUGAAGAGAGGAAGCAAAACAGGAAGAAAGGGAAAGGCCAGGCCUCCCAAACCCAGUGCAACAACUCCACCGAAGGAAAGUUGGCAGCAAUGCCUUUACAAAAGAAAAGUGACAUCACCUACUUCAAAACGAUGCCCGAUCUGCACUCGCAGCCAGUCCUCUUCAUACCCGACGUCCACUUCGCGAACCUGCAGAGGACAGGACAGGUGUAUUACAACACGGAUGAUGAACGAGAAGGCAGCAGUGUCCUUGUUAAACGGAUGUUCAGGCCCAUGGAGGAGGAGUUUGGUCCAACACCUUCCAAGCAAAUCAAAGAAGAAGGAAUGAAGCGAGUGCUUCUGUACGUGAGGAAGGAGACUGAUGACGUGUUCGAUGCCUUGAUGCUGAAAUCCCCCACGGUGAAGGGCCUGAUGGAAGCGAUAUCUGAGAAAUACGGGCUGCCGGUGGAGAAGAUAGCAAAGCUUUACAAGAAAAGCAAAAAAGGCAUCUUGGUGAACAUGGAUGACAACAUCAUUGAGCACUACUCGAACGAGGACACCUUCAUCCUCAACAUGGAGAGCAUGGUGGAAGGCUUUAAGAUCACACUCAUGGAAAUCUGAGCCUGGUCUCGGCUUGCCCCCAGUGCGUCCCUCCCUGGGUGAGGAGGAGGCCCGGCCCCAGAACCCGCAGACCCGCCUCACCCGUCUCACACCUGCUGUUACACGACUGUGCUGGGGAGCGGCGGGCCUGAGCCCAUCCACCGGCUCCUGCUGUGGAGCGGAGGCCCACGCCCCUCGGGAAGGGGCCUUGCGUCUGUCAGACCCUUAUUUAUUGUCCACCUUUUUCCGGAGCCCAGGGCCAGGCUCGCCAAGUCUCUGCAGGUCACUGCUGGCUCCAGAUGACGCCAUCCAGAGCCCUCAAGGGCAACGCCGCCAAUCCUCCCUCGUGAAGAGCCUGAGAAGGUCUCGUCCCGUCUCUCACCUCCCCACUUCGCCCGAUGGCUGGACAAAACGAGCUGCCUCUGGGCACAGCAGUCAGAGGUGGGGUAAGAAGUGGAUGUCCUCUUACUGGUCAACCCCUGAGAUUGAUCUGGGGAAGGUCAUCUUGCUAGAUACCUCCAG